AUUUUCAACCAUGGUCCGUGUCAAGGCGCUGUACUUUGCCGCCGCCCGCGAGCUCCUCGGUCUGCGGGAAGAGAAGAUCGACCUUGGGGACGCGCCGACGACCGCGACCUUUCGCGCGACCCUCGCCACCAAGUACCCCCAUGCUGCCGAGUACAUCCAAGACAUUACGCUCGCCGUGAACCUCGAGUACGUCCUCGGCGACGACGUGCGCCGCCUCCACGACGACGACGAAGUCGCUCUCAUCCCUCCGAUCUCGGGGGGCUAAACGCAAGUAGACCGUCGUGUAUCCGUGCGUCUGAGACUCCCGAUGCUUUAUCUCUGUUUCCC